CAAGAGUCAUGCAGAAUAGGGAUGUGAGAACAAGAACAGUUUUUUACUUAAGUGUACAGCUGUUGAGCACAUACUCAGUGUUUGGUGCUAUUUUGCCAUUUUCACUGGGUCAAUCUAGGCCAACAGUGAGCAUAAAGAAGCAAUUUUUACCUGUAUACUUGGGGGACACCAUAGUACUCACCUGCUCAGAAGGAGGCGACGUCAAAUGGUAUUUCAAUGAUACUGUAAUCCCAGAUCAAACGCAACAAAACUAUAUCGUCAUCAUAAAGUCUAUUAGUGCACAAGGCCGAUAUGUGUGCGAGAGGAAUGGAAUUAAGAGUGAAGCAUUUCAACUCGAAAUUGAAGACGCCUUUCCUCCAGAGAUUCUAGACAUAAAGUUUGGAGAUUCAGUGGUCUAUAUAUAUGACUAUGUUCUUCUAGCCCUUUAUGUGGACAACGACUGGCAGAACCAGCACCUUUACCGUGUUAUAAUAAAAAAUUACCCAAAAACGGGCCCUUUGGAGUUCAUGACGUCCUCUGUGGAGAAGACCUCAGAACCAUAUAUUUAUUGGUGUAAAAAUAAGAUCACAAACACGAGAAGCAGCACUGUUGUACUCUCAGUAACUGCACCGUCUUGAAAUGUGA